UUUGAGUUGUACUCUGAGGCCAGCAUCGCCCUGCUUCACCUGAAAACCCCGCAGGACUUCACCGACCUGACCCAGCAGGCGAAGAAGAACCUGACCCUGGAUGGAAAAGAGUUAACCAUCAGCCCUGCCUACUUGUUCUGGGACCUCACUGCCAUCUCACAGUCCAAACAGGAUGAAGAUGUGUCCGCCAGUCGAUUUGAAGACAACGAAGAGCUCCGCUACUCGCUGCGCUCUGUGGAGAGACACGCCCCCUGGGUGCGACACAUCUUCAUAGUAACCAACGGGCAGAUUCCCUCGUGGCUAAACCUGGAUAACCCCAGAGUGACGGUCAUCACGCACCAGGAUGUCUUCCAGAACCACAGCCACCUUCCCACUUUCAGCUCGCCUGCCAUCGAGACCCACAUCCACCGCAUCCCGGGGCUCUCCCAAAAGUUCAUUUACCUCAACGACGACGUGAUGUUCGGUAAGGAGGUCUGGCCGGAUGACUUCUACAGCCACUCCAAAGGACAGAAGGUGUAUCUUACCUGGCCUGUCCCAAACUGUGCUGAGGGCUGCCCCGGAUCCUGGAUCAAAGACGGGUACUGUGACAAAGCCUGCAACAACUCUGCCUGUGACUGGGACGGUGGAGACUGCCAUGGUGCCGCAGGGAACAGUCGCUUUGCAGCUGGGGUUGGUGGCGGGGGGCCGGGUGGAGCUGGUGGACAGGUGUGGCAGUUUGCAGGGGGUCUAGGAGGUCUAGGAGGGACGUCGUACUGUAAUCAAGGCUGCGCUAACUCCUGGCUCGCGGACAAGUUCUGUGACCAAGCCUGCAAUGUUCUCACCUGUGGGUAUGAUGUGGGAGACUGUGGCACGGAGCACUUUGGCGAGCUGCACCGGGUGACCCUGCUGAAGAAUCAGAGCCUCUACACCCUCCCAGUUGGCGAGACGCGGCCGUAUUUCAGCUUCGCCAAACUAGCGCGCCGAGUGUCCGAGGCCCACGUCAGCGACAGCGGCGCCGUACGCCACACCUCCGUCGCCAACAAGUGGAGGACCAUCCAUCUGCUCCUCCACUCGGGCCACAACGCCUCGCAGAUCCAGUACAACCUCACCUUCCAGAGAGAGGACGACACGGAGUUCUCGAUGAGCUUCACCGUCGCCGUCGACACCCGCGCCGUACCUCAGGCUAACGUCUCCCAGGCGAAGAGCAAAGACGCGGGCAAAGAGCCGACGCCCACCCCGACGCCGGAGCCCGUGUUUCCGUUCUCGGACGUUCCCGAGCACAAGCGGGGUCCCAAGGUCCUGAAGAGGCAGCCCGGUGACCCUGAAGUUGUCAUAGAAGUUCCGGCGCUGAACGUGUCGCUGCUCCCUGCUGCGGUGCGCAGAGAGCUGCAGAAACUGGAGGAGAGGCUUCUGAUCGGUGACAUCACAAUGAAGGGUUAUAACCUCACUAAGGCGGAAAUUUUAAAAGUGUAUGAAAAACAGCCGGAGGCAAAAGAUCCACCUCCAGAAAACAGAAGUGCGGCAAAAGUCAAGGCACAGCCGCAUAAAGACUUAGAGGGAGAGCGAUUGGAAGGAAAACAGCCGCAAACUGGAAACAAUGAAGACGCUGUGAAGAAGCAAACUGUCACUCCUCUCAUCCCGCUCCACAUCGAUGACCAGCACAUGAACGACCCCGUAACCCCCAAACAAUACAAACUGAACACUGCAAUCGAGCGGCCGGCUAUUUCCAAACUGCUGGGCAGCAUUUCAAAAGGCAAGAGCGCGGAGAAUCAGGCAGAACCGGCGGACGCUGCUGCUGCUGCUCCUGGAGGAGGAGGAGGUCCGGUCAUGAGGAGACUCCAACACUUCGUCUCCGCGGACAGAGGCUUCCUGCCGUGGGAGAGGAGGAAAUACUUCCAAGAGCUGCUUGAGGAGGGGGAGCGUCUGCAAAGAGAACUGUCGUAUGAAGCCGACGGUGCCGCCGCUGCUAGAAGGCUGCGGGACACUUUUGCCGACUCGCUGCGCUACGUCAACAAGCUGCUGAACAGCCAGUUUGGGUUCACGUCCCGCAAAGUCCCCGCGCACAUGCCUCACAUGAUCGACCGGCUCGUCAUGCAGGAGCUGCAAGACAUAUUCCCCGAGGAGUUUGACAAGACAUCAGCCCACCGCGUUCGUCACUCUGAGGACAUGCAGUUCGCCUUU